AGGAGGGGAGGGUGCAGCUAAUUUUAGUAGAGGGAGGAGGGAGGCAGUGAGCGACUGCUCCCAGCUCUGUGAGAUCAGUGAGGCCUGUGAGCUGGCAGCAUGUGCUCCCCAUCCAGGGUCAUUAUCUGCCUCCUGAGAAACGAUCUCCGGCUCCAGGAUAACGAGGUAAUAACCUGCCAGGCUCGCACUGCCAGGGGAGAGAGAGGGGCUGGUACUGCCAGGGGAGAGAGAGAGGGGCUGGCACUGCCAGGGGAGAGAGAGGGACUGGUACUGCCAGGGGAGUGAGGAUGGCACUACCAGGGGAGAGAGGGACUGGUACUGCCAGGGGAGAGAGAGGGGCUGGCACUACCAGGGAGAGAGAGAGGGGCUGGUACUGCCAGGGGAGAGAGGGGCUGGCACUACCAGGGAGAGAGAGGGACUGGCACUUUUAUAGGAGAGAGGGGCUGGCACUGCUAGGGGGGAGAGAGGGGCUGGCACUGCUAGGUGAGGCACUGCCAGGGGAUAGGGGCUGUGAUGGUAGAUAUACUGUGUAUGUAAUGAAACCCAUAGCUGCUUUUACUAUUUCCAGUGCUGGUACUAUGUAUUAUACUAGGUGUUUAUAAAAAGUAUAAACAUGAAAUUAUCUCUAUAGUGCUGGAGGAGGCUGGUUAUACAAGGUAUCUCUAUAGUGCUGGGGGAGGGGCAGGUUAUACAGUGUAUCCCUAUGGGGGGGAGGGGAGGGGGUGCUUAUACAGUGUGUUCUGCUGAUGGUUCUAGUUAUACAAUGUGUCUCCAUGGUUCUAGUUAUACAAUGUGUCUCCAUGGUUCUAGUUAUACAGUGUGUCUCCAUGGUUCUGCUGAUGGUUCUAGUUAUACAAUGUGUCUCCAUGGUUCUGCUGAUGGUUCUAGUUAUACAAUGUGUCUCCAUGGUUCUGCUGAUGGUUCUAGUUAUACAAUGUGUCUCCAUGGUUCUAGUUAUACAAUGUGUCUCCAUGGUUCUGCUGAUGGUUCUAGUUAUACAAUGUGUCUCCAUGGUUCUGCUGAUGGUUCUAGUUAUACAAUGUGUCUCCAUGGUUCUGCUGAUGGUUCUAGUUAUACAAUGUGUCUCCAUGGUUCUGCUGAUGGUUCUAGUUAUACAAUGUGUCUCCAUGGUUCUGCUGAUGGUUCUAGUUAUACAGUGUGUCUCCAUGGUUCUGCUGAUGGUUCUAGUUAUACAGUGUGUCUCCAUGGUUCUGCUGAUGGUUCUAGUUAUACAGUGUGUGUCUCCAUGGUUCUACUGAUGGUUCUAGUUAUACAGUGUGUCUCCAUGGUUCUGCUGAUGGUUCUAGUUAUACAGUGUGUCUCCAUGGUUCUGCUGAUGGUUCUAGUUAUACAAUGUGUCUCCAUGGUUCUGCUGAUGGUUCUAGUUAUACAGUGUGUCUCCAUGGUUCUACUGAUGGUUCUAGUUAUACAAUGUGUCUCCAUGGUUCUAGUUAUACAAUGUGGCUGCAGUGUUUUUGUAAGAGUGGGCAUGGUCUCCCACAGUACCGCCCAUUCCAUGUCCCAUGGAGGAAGUUCUGUGAUAAUGUUAUGCCAGUGAGAUUGGUGAAGGGACGGGGGCAUGGUCCCUAAAUAUGUCAACAAAAAUAAUUUACAACCCUAUUGUGUGUCCGUUAUCAGUGUUUAUAUUGUAACAUGAUAACUGUGUGCUCUGACAGUGAGCAAUAAUUAUCAUAUUAUAAGAUUCUGCCUCAGGGCCUAAAAAUGUUACCUUUACCAGAACUAAAUUACUCUUUUGUACCAUAGCCACUGCAGCUCAUUGGAGAAGUUAUGGUUGGGGGGGGGGGGGUUGUGACAGUUCCACUCGCGUGUCAACUCAUCACAAUUUUGUCACUUAAUAAACGUCAGAGGCUGAUUUUUUAUUUUUUUUUCACAAUGCCAGUAAGAUUCAAAUUUAUUUUAUGCAUUUUUUAAUUAGAGCUUCUAUAACUUAGAUGUGACCUUCACUAAGCUACCCAAUAGGCAGACACAGGCAGACACACAGAAGACAUUAUAUUCUGCCUUUAAAGCGGUACCACCCCCUCGGGGCAUUGUAGAGUUUGCAAAGACUCCUGACGGUGGCAUCGACGCUUUCACUUAUCUGAACAUGCCCCAUGUGAGCGCUGCCAUCAUCUUCCAUCAACUGCUCUUCAGCUGUCAGGAGCCAACGUCAACGCUGUCAUUUUCCACAUGUGUGAGAGUACAGAAUUCAGGUCUAUGGAGAUACAUUAUUAAUAAAAUAAUUUGCACAACUAUCAUUAUUCCCUGGCUAUCUGUUUCAGAGUUGUAGUUCAGAAACAUCUGGGUGGCCGCAGGUUGGACAGGCCUGCUUUAAAUCAUUGUUUAUUUUGUUCAUAUACAGGUUCUGCUCUGGGCUCACAAGAAUGCAGAUCACAUUGUUCCUCUGUACUGCUUUGACCCAAGACACUAUGUGGGAACCCAUAACUACAAUUUUCCAAAAACAGGGCCCCAUAGGUUGAAGUUCCUGCUCGAAAGUGUGAAAGAUUUGAGGAACAUACUAAAGGAAAAGGGAAGGUAAGCUAUACCUGCAAUGUUUAAAGAACUGAAAACAGGGGAAGGGAGACAGUCACUAAACACCAAAUGAUAGCUUUCCUCCCAAGCAGGCAUCGACCAAUAUCAUUUUUCCAGAGCCGAUACAGAUUACCAGUCGCCUUUCAGGCCGAUUGGCAAUAACUGGUGCCAAAAUUCUGUACAUUUAAAGAUUUUAAAAAGCAACAUGAUUACAGUACUACACAAACUAACUGACAUGCUGUCAGCAAUCACACUCCUAUCACUCUCAGGCAACAGUAUAUUCUGGGUCACUGAGAUCCCAACAUGUAGUGUGCUGUUACUGAUAGGAGUGUGAAUGUUGACAGCAAGCACACUCUUAUCAAAUUUUCCAGUUGGAUUUUUUAUUCACUACAAUUUUAUUGACUGAAUCAGGGACUGUUGAGAAUUGACUAGGCCAGAAUAGUCAAACUGAACUAAUUUUCCAGAUAGACCUAUUCCUGAUCACUUGUCCACCAUGCCUGGUUUAUGGAGUAACAUCAAUUUUAUUUUUCAGUAUUUUGAGCAAAGUUAGGUUAUUCACUAAACCGUGAAUUGAAAGCUGAAUUGUACAAUCCAGGCCAAGCUAGCCAGACACUAUAACAUACCUAGUCUACUUUAUGAGAAAUACGACCUCCAUUCUUCAUCUGUCCAUCUAUCUGUCCCUCCCUAUCCACAAUGUCUUUGUUGUUUUUGUUUUUAUCCUGUAGUAACUUGCUGCUGAGAAGAGGGAAGCCAGAAGAUGUUCUAGAAGAUUUAGUCACAAAACUGGGCUCUGUUACUGCGGUUGCAUUGCAAGAAGAGGUAACACAAACACUCGUCGUAUCUGUUAAAUGUUUUUGAUAUUUUUCCUCAAGAUCUGAAAACAUUCCGUUGGCUUCCAUGGUGAUUGCUCUUCAUACAGGUCCUCAAUUAUAUCUAGAAUUGCUGGUCCUUAAAGCACAGCCAGAGGUCUCUCUAAAUUAACCAUCAUUCCCCAAUUAUUUGUAGAACUACAACUACCCACGAUGUUUUGCCAGCUGUGUGGCUAUUAGAGCAUCGUGGGGAUUGGAUUGGGCAGUAGGGAGGACCUUUUUGUUUCUCAUUUUCCGUGUGAAUACACGUACUCGAUCCUAGACUUCAUACCUAAAAUAUGCUCUUGAAGUGACACAAUUUUACACCUUUUCUUGUCUUCGCCUUGUCUUGUGCAAUUUCAGUAGACGUUUUAAGAAGCCUCCUUUUAAAAUUCUUUUAUAUAUUUUUUGUAUAUAUAUAUUUAUUUAUUUUACAGUUAAAUAUUUUUAUUUAUUUUAGUUCCAAUGGCUGCCGCCAAGAUUAAUUUAAACAGUAAAAUGUAUUAAUCGUCCAGCUGGUUGAUUGCAAAGAGACCUCAAACAUCCCCCCUCCCCCACCACCCCCCCCAAAAAAAAAAUUAAUUGUGGGAGAUUGGCAAAACUCCAACAGAAUGUUUCCCACGUGUGUGGUUUCCGCUAUUUAUCUUCUUCUAUAGUGCGAUAAUCCGCAGGGUUUAGUCUUUGAUCCAGACGGUAUCUUUCUUGAAUUAUAACCUUGCUCACUUUUUGAACUGGUUUCCUCUCGAUGAACUCCGAGUGUAGGGAGAAGAUGGAAGACUUGUAUACUAAGUUUAACUAGUUUUCUUUUUAUAGGUCACAAAGGAAGAGCUAGAUGUUGAAAAUGCUGUGAAAAAAGUGUGUUCUCAACAUGGAGUUCAGUUACAAACCGUUUGGGGAUCAACAUUGUAUCACAGAAAUGAUCUCCCUUUCCGACACAUCUCCAGGUAUAUCCAUCUAGUGUCUCUUCUAUAAGGCCUCAUACACUUUGUAUACAGACAAACACAGACUGGUCAUAUCCCCUAUACAGGGCCUCAUACACUGUAUAUACAGAGCAGACUGGCCGUAUCCCCUCUACAGGGCCUCAUACACUGUAUAUACAGAGCAGACUGGCCGUAUCCCCUAUACAGGGCCUCAUACACUGUAUAUACAGAGCAGACUGGCCGUAUCCCCUAUACAGGGCCUCAUACACUGUAUAUACAGAGCAGACUGGCCGUAUCCCCUAUACAGGGCCUCAUACACUGUAUAUACAGAGCAGACUGGUCAUAUCCCCUAUACAGGGCCUCAUACACUGUACAUACAGAGCAGACUGGCCGUAUCCCCUAUAUAUACAGAGCAGACUGGUCAUAUCUCCGAUACAGGGCCUCAUACACUGUAUAUACAGAGCAGACUGGCCGUAUCCCCUAUACAGGGCCUCAUACACUGUACAUACAGAGCAGACUGGUCACAUCCCCUAUACAGGGCCUCAUACACUGUAUAUACAGAGCAGACUGGUCAUAUCCCCUAUACAGGGCCUCAUACACUGUAUAUACAGAGCAGACUGGUCAUAUCCCCUCUACAGGGCCUCAUACACUGUAUAUACAGAGCAGACUGGUCACAUCCCCUACACAGGGCCUCAUACACUGUAUAUACAGAGCAGACUGGCCGUAUCCCCUAUACAGGGCCUCAUACACUGUAUAUACAGAGCAGACUGGCCGUAUCCCAUAUACAGGGCCUCAUACACUGUAUAUACAGAGCAGACUGGCCAUAUCUCCGAUACAGGGCCUCAUACACUGUAUAUACAGAGCAGACUGGCCAUAUCCCCUAUACAAGGCCUCAUACACUGUAUAUACAGAGCAGACUGGUCACAACCCCUAUACAGGGCCUCAUACACUGUAUAUACAGAGCAGACUGGCCAUAUCUCCGAUACAGGGCCUCAUACACUGUAUAUACAGAGCAGACUGGCCGUAUCCCCUAUACAGGGCCUCAUACACUGUAUAUACAGAGCAGACUGGCCGUAUCCCAUAUUCAGGGCCUCAUACACUGUACAUACAGAGCAGACUGGCCGUAUCCCCUAUACAGAGCCUGAUACACUGUAUAUACAGAGCAGACUGGCCGUAUCCCCUAUACAGAGCCUCAUACACUGUAUAUACAGAGCAGACUGGCCGUAUCUCCGAUACAGGGCCUCAUACACUGUAUAUACAGAGCAGACUGGCCGUAUCCCCUAUACAGGGCCUCAUACACUGUACAUACAGAGCAGACUGGCCGUAUCCCCUAUACAGGGCCUCAUACACUGUAUAUACAGAGCAGACUGGCUGUAUCCCCUAUACAGGGCCUCAUACACUGUAUAUACAGAGCAGACUGGCCGUAUCCCCUAUACAGGGCCUCAUACACUGUAUAUACAGAGCAGACUGGCCAUAUCCCCUAUACAGGGCCUCAUACACUGUAUAUACAGAGCAGACUGGCCAUAUCCCCUAUACAGGGCCUCAUACACUGUAUAUACAGAGCAGACUGGUCACAACCCCUAUACAGGGCCUCAUACACUGUAUAUACAGAGCAGACUGGCCAUAUCUCCGAUACAGGGCCUCAUACACUGUAUAUACAGAGCAGACUGGCCGUAUCCCCUAUACAGAGCCUCAUACACUGUAUAUACAGAGCAGACUGGCCGUAUCCCCUAUACAGGGCCUCAUACACUGUAUAUACAGAGCAGACUGGCCGUAUCCCCUAUACAGCGCCUCAUACACUGUAUAUACAGAGCAGACUGGCCGUAUCCCCUAUACAGGGCCUCAUACACUGUAUAUACAGAGCAGACUGGCCGUAUCCCCUCUACAGGGCCUCAUACACUGUAUAUACAGAGCAGACUGGCCGUAUCCCCUAUACAGGGCCUCAUACACUGUAUAUACAGAGCAGACUGGCCGUAUCCCCUAUACAGGGCCUCAUACACUGUACAUACAGAGCAGACUGGCCGUAUCCCCUAUACAGGGCCUCAUACACUGUAUAUACAGAGCAGACUGGCUGUAUCCCCUAUACAGGGCCUCAUACACUGUAUAUACAGAGCAGACUGGCCGUAUCCCCUAUACAGGGCCUCAUACACUGUAUAUACAGAGCAGACUGGCCGUAUCCCCUAUACAGGGCCUCAUACACUGUAUAUACAGAGCAGACUGGCUGUAUCCCCUAUACAGGGCCUCAUACACUGUAUAUACAGAGCAGACUGGCCAUAUCCCCUAUACAGGGCCUCAUACACUGUAUAUACAGAGCAGACUGGUCACAUCCCCUAUACAGGGCCUCAUACUCUGUAUAUACAGAGCAGACUGGUCACAUCCCCUAUACAGGGCCUCAUACACUGUAUAUACAGAGCAGACUGGUCAUAUCCCCUCUACAGGGCCUCAUACACUGUAUAUACAGAGCAGACUGGCCAUAUCUCCGAUACAGGGCCUCAUACACUGUAUAUACAGAGCAGACUGGUCAUAUCCCCUAUACAGGGCCUCAUACACUGUAUAUACAGAGCAGACUGGUCACAUCCCCUAUACAGGGCCUCAUACACUGUAUAUACAGAGCAGACUGGUCACAUCCCCUAUACAGGGCCUCAUACACUGUAUAUACAGAGCAGACUGGCUGUAUCCCCUAUACAGGGCCUCAUACACUGUAUAUACAGAGCAGACUGGCCAUAUCCCCUAUACAGGGCCUCAUACACUGUAUAUACAGAGCAGACUGGUCACAUCCCCUAUACAGGGCCUCAUACUCUGUAUAUACGGAGCAGACUGGUCACAUCCCCUAUACAGGGCCUCAUACACUGUAUAUACAGAGCAGACUGGUCAUAUCCCCUCUACAGGGCCUCAUACACUGUAUAUACAGAGCAGACUGGCCAUAUCUCCGAUACAGGGCCUCAUACACUGUAUAUACAGAGCAGACUGGUCAUAUCCCCUAUACAGGGCCUCAUACACUGUAUAUACAGAGCAGACUGGUCACAUCCCCUAUACAGGGCCUCAUACACUGUAUAUACAGAGCAGACUGGUCACAUCCCCUAUACAGGGCCUCAUACACUGUAUAUACAGAGCAGACUGGUCGUAUCCCCUCUACAGGGCCUCAUACACUGUAUAUACAGAGCAGACUGGCCGUAUCCCCUAUACAGAGCCUCAUACACUGUACAUACAGAGCAGACUGGCCAUAUCCCCUAUACAGGGCCUCAUACACUGUAUAUACAGAGCAGACUGGCCAUAUCUCCGAUACAGGGCCUCAUACACUGUAUAUACAGAGCAGACUGGUCAUAUCUCCGAUACAGGGCCUCAUACACUGUACAUACAGAGCAGACUGGCCAUAUCCCCUAUACAGGGCCUCAUACACUGUAUAUACAGAGCAGACUGGCCAUAUCCCCGAUACAGGGCCUCAUACACUGUAUAUACAGAGCAGACUGGUCAUAUCUCCGAUACAGGGCCUCAUACACUGUAUAUACAGAGCAGACUGGUCAUAUCUCCGAUACAGGGCCUCAUAUAAUGUAUAUACAGAGCAUACUGGCCAUAUCCCCUAUACAGGGCCUCAUACACUGUAUAUACAGAGCAUACUGGCCAUAUCCCCUAUACAGGGCCUCAUACACUGUAUAUACAGAGCAUACUGGCCAUAUCCCCUAUACAGGGCCUCAUACACUGUAUAUACAGAGCAGACUGGUCACAUCCCCUAUACAGGGCCUCAUACACUGUAUAUACAGAGCAGACUGGUCACAACCCCUAUACAGGGCCUCAUACACUGUAUAUACAGAGCAGACUGGUCACAUCCCCUAUACAGGGCCUCAUACACUGUAUAUACAGAGCAGACUGGUCACAUCCCCUAUGUCGUUAUAAGCAGUAAUUCUUUUUUCUGAAAGACGGUCCAUAUACCUUGGCUGUAACCUGUAAAGUCUCCUGUGUGAGCCAAAACAUUGCCUGUUCAACGUCACUAAAGUGUGCAGCUUGGAAUAGAGCCUGUGUGCACGGAUAUUAUUCUUUGGUCUAGAAAUUCCUGAGUUGGUGGUAGUCACCCUGGUCUGUGUGGCACUAUAGUGUUGUGGAUACCCUAUCUUCAUUGGUGAGUGCCAUUCCUUGGCACUUUGGUAAGAUUAAUUACAAGCUGACCUACUGGAAUGAGUCAUUUCCAAGUGAUAACACUCCAGCUAAUCUCAAUGAUUUAGAGAUUAUCUUCGUUUUUGUUCAGUUUGCGUAAUUUGUAUUAUCCUGUCCCACCCACGAUACAUUUACCAGGUAUCAUUCUUUGAGAUAUUGUUCUUCCUUUGCGCACUGUAUAGAUGUCCCAUGUUUAACCAUUUCAGGUUGCCCGAUGUCUAUACCCAGUUUAGAAAAGCAGUUGAAACUCAAUGCCAAGUGCGACCGAGUCUUCAGAUGCCAGACAGGCUGAAGUCUUUACCAGCUGGCUUUGAGGAGGGCGAUAUUCCCACACUUCAAGACUUUGGGCAAGAAGGUAUUUCUGAUAUUCUUCCAGGUAGUAUCUGGAGUCCUUCUGUGUAGAUGUAGCUUAGCCAACAACUUAAGGUCUAAGUUGCAAAAUUUUUCCAACUAGGGUUUUCUGGCUGGUGGGAAUUUAGUCUACUUGGGGAGGAAAAAAAUAUAUUUUUUUUAUAUAUAGUGUUUUUAAAUAUGAUAUAUAUUUUUCAUACUUUAAUGCUUUGAAAAAUUGUUUUUAAAGUUUAUCCUUGAAUAUUAAACCAUUUGAAGUUUAUUCAACAAUAUUAAAUCAAGGUAGUAGUUUGUGUAUUUUUCAUUUAUUUGUUGUCCUAAAAUGCGUGCAUAUGAAAUGUAAUUUGAAUUCUCACAUUGUCCAAGCUUUUAAAGCAUUCUAAGGAAUCUAGGGAUUCCUGGAAGAAAUUGAUGCAAGUUUAGGAAUCUGUGCUCUAUAUGGCAAAAUUGAGAUGCAAAUGUUUGUGUCGUGGUAGCUACCUGAAAUAUGAAGCACCUAUUCUGUUUGAAGGUUUGUAUGUGGCAUCUGUGUUGGUUUACAGCGGGAUGCAAUUUCAGCUUUGGAUAUUAGUGAUUGUGAUUCUUGUAACAGCCUAUGAUUAGCUGCUGUUAAUGACUUAUGUGCUUGCCAUGGCCUAUGAUUAGCUGCUAUUGAUUACUUAUUUGUGUUUCUCUGAUUAAUAGAUCCUGUGACAGAUCCACGAUCAGCCUUUCCAUGCAGCGGAGGGGAGACUCAAGCAUUACAGAGGCUGCAGCAUUAUUUCUGGGAUACGGUCAGUAGAGAUAUUUCCAUUUAGAAACCUUUAAUUUAAUAUGAAUUCUGUUAAGACAUGAAAUGGUUCAUACAUAUCAGCAUAUUAUGUUGGAAGCACUGCUCUGGCUAUUGUAGAUUUCCUGGGAUCCAGUUCAGAAAAUGAUUCCAGAAUACAUUUCUAUGACAAUCUGAUUUUUCUCUUCCCUUUUCCAGAACAAUCAGACAAUUAUCUUUGUACAAAAGGCUAAUUAUUGAACACAUUUACCAUUGCAAAAGGAAAAUGCCAUAGUUUAAACAUGAGUAUUUAAAACAUGUUUUACUUUUACCAAAAAUAUUACUUUUUAAUAUAUUUUUAAACUUUGCUAUUUUAUUAACAUUUUUGUUGUACCAUUCUCUAUCCCUAGAGGGAGCUGUGGAUUAAAAGUAUAAAUGUAUCAUUUAAUUUGUUACAGAAUCUUGUCGCUUCAUAUAAAGAUACACGGAACGGACUUAUAGGAAUGGAUUAUUCUACCAAAUUUGCCCCAUGGUGAGAAAAAUAAAGAAUGCCAUUAUUAGCCGUUGCACUCUCCCAUGUCACUGUUUUACUCUGUAUUACCAUAGAUGGUUUUCUAUCAGUACAAGAAAAGGAGAUAUUGUGGAUCACAGCAUGGAUCAUUCUGUACCCAGGUCUUCCUUCUCCUUACAUAAACUAUACGAAAGCAAUAUCUAUCCUUUUUAUAGUAAAGGAACACUCUAAUGAAAGUGUUGCUGAUUUUCUUUUUUCCCCCUUAUUUUAUUUGGUAGAUAUACGACCAAAGAAGGCAUGCAUGUAUUUUUUUCCUGCAUGUUUUCUUUGAGGGUAUAUGGGGGGGAAAAUACAGCUUGCAAAAGCUGCAGACCUAUUGUCUGCAGCCCUUACAAGCCAUCCCCUCUUUCCCAGGCACAGACUUUCAGGCUAUGCCGGGUGAGUACUCAAUUCUCCAUGUGCAGACCCAUUUUAGAAAUGAGCAAUGUGAUGACUUUAUGUUGUAGCCUAAAGCGGUUCUGUAACAAUAUGGAUCCCUUCGACUGAGAGCCAAGGGAUCCAUUGCUCCAUACCACCCGUUUCACCCCCGAACAGAUUUGGACUCUGGGGCUUGCAUAACAUAUCAUUUUAGAUAGUUGUUCAAUCCCUCUGUGUCUUCUUUGUAGGCUCUGCCAUCGUCAAGUUACAAAGAUGGCCUGUAGAAAUGGUAUAAUUUGCUUUGGGCAUGGGCUUCAAAUUAUGCGCAUGCCCAGUUAAUGCUGAGGCUCUGUAUCGUGCCACUUCAUGAUGUGAGGGUCAAUGACAAAGUUGACAUAGACCGUAGAGCAUGACUCACCACCUUUUGUCAACCAGUAGUCCCUACUUUUCCUUAUCUAUAACUUGGCAAAAAAGUAUUUUCUUUUUUUAUUUUAAAAAGUGACAAAGCCACUAUAAUUUACUUUUUACUUGUUAAAUUUGUGUCUUUCCUGAUCAUGUGACCUAUGUAUUUAGAUCUGUCACAGCCGAUGUGGCAGCCGAAUGACAAACCCUAUACUUCUCGCUUCUCUUUAGGUUGGCUCUGGGCUGCAUCUCCCCGAGAUAUAUUUAUGAGCAGAUUAAGAAGUACGAACGAGAGAGAACUGCAAAUCAAAGCACAUACUGGUAUGGAAUAGGGGAAUAAAUUAUUUUAAUAAACCAGGAGCAGAUUGUGCAAAAAAGCAAUCACAAUUAUUACAAAUCCCCAAAAAAGGAUUGGGAUGUAUAUUACUGAAAGGACCACUAUAGGCACCCAGACCACUCCAGCUUAAUGAAGUGGUCUGGGUGCCAGGUCCAUCUAGGAUCAACCCUGCAAUUGUAAACAUAGUAAUUUCAGAGAAACUGCUAUGUUUACUUUAGGGUUAAUCCAGCCUCUAGUGGCUGUCUCACCGACAGCCGCUAGAGGCGCUACCGCAUUUCUCACUGUGAUUUUCACAGUGCGAAGACGCCAGCGUCCAUAGGAAAGCAUUGAGAAUGCUUUCCUAUGGACUGACUGAAUGCGCGAGCGUUCAGCUGAUGACGGGGAAAGGAGUCAGAGAGUCCCCAGCCCCGAGGGUGAGGGGAACCCAAGUGCCCUAUAGAGCCAGGAAAACGAGUAUGUUUUCCUGGCACUAUAGUGGUCCAUUAACCCCAUAAGGACACAUGACAUGUGUGACAUGUCAUGAUUCCCUUUUAUUCCAGAAAUUUGGUCCUUAAGGGGUUAAGGGAUUUUGGGGUUCUUGCACUUUUUAAGGUGCUGCUGGUUAAUAUAAUUACCUGUUAUUUUAUUUUAGUGUCAUCUUUUCACUUGUAAUUUUUAUUAAUUAUUAUGACUGAGUAAUAGAAAAGGACCCAUUUACUUGUUUGCCUAUUUUAGCCUAAGGGCAGAUAAAGUGUAAUAGCAGGUUUUCCAAUUUGAGGUGUACUUAUUUCUUUGGCAUUGAAGUCCCAGAGCUUAUUGUGCAAGAAAAACACAAGUAACGCUUUCUACCCCUUCUCGGAUAUGCCGACGAAUUGAAAUCGUUAUCCAACCAAUGUACAAAAUCUCUGAUCUCUAGUGGUAGCGAGUCCAUUGAAGUUCUAUGAUAUGCACAAAAUGUUCCUGUACUACAAACCUAUGUGUUGUGUGGUGUUGUGAGAAAAACCAAUGAAAUACAAGUUUAAAAAAAAAAAAUGUCUGCACCAUAGUUCUGUCCUAAUCACAUGUUUAUAGAACAGCGCUAUGAUCAGAAAGCCGUAUAUAGAACUGUGUGAAUUGAAAGAUAACUUGUAUCUCCUGCAAGGCCUUAAUAUUUUCCUUCUGUCGUAGGGUCAUUUUUGAGCUUCUGUGGAGGGAUUACUUUCGUUUUGUGGCUCUGAAGUAUGGAAGCAAAUUAUUCUUUCCAAAAGGUUAGUUGGACCUUGUAAGACACCGUGAGCCAAUUUCUUCCUGUAGGUUCAAUUGCUGUAAUCUCAGGUGUUCAGUAAUAGAAACCUUUUAUAUUGCCAUGAGAUCGAAACUGACUGGCACUCAGAAACCAUACACAGAAAGAAUGUGGAAAAGCUGGAACAAGCCGUUUAAUUUAGGUUAAAACGUGGUUCACAGAAUCACAGGAAGGCGCCAUUUACAUAUUUCGGUUCUUUUGACUUUCCGUGAUCAAUAGAAUAAAAAUCCUGCAAACAAUCAGGAAACCAUGUAAAAAAAAAUCAAAAAUGUGAUACAUUGCAAUGUCACCGAGCUAAGCAUAAUUCCUUAUACACGUAGCAAAACUCCAGCACUAGCUAUUAUCAGUGUGUACAGAGAUGAUGUAUUUUAUAUUUACAGUCAUAGCAUUUAUUUAUAGGACUGUGGGUUUUCUGAUAUGAAAAUCAUGAACUUUUUUUUUCAGUUGUCCACACACUGCAGACACAUUUAACAUCAUUUGUCUGUGCUUUUACAUACUUUAUAUUGAGGAUUGGUAAUCUCAUUGGAAUGGAAUGAUCUGUCACAGAAUUUACACAUCUCUCUCUUCCAUCUAGAUGACAGAAAAUACACAACAUGUGUAGGGUUUGUGUUGAUUUUUUUUUUGUUUAGUUUUUUUUUUUUUUUGCCAGACUCUUUGAAUCUUGAAGACGUCACUUGUUGUUUUGGUGUACCCUAAAGCCCUUGUAUAUACCUGCUACCACACAGACACAUCAAAUGCAUCACACGCUGUUAUGCUUGGUUUUUCCAUCUUUCAGUGUUGGUAACUCUCAGUUGAUAAAUUAGAAUUAUAACACCACAUGUUCUUUUAAACACCUGUUUAGGGCUACAGGAUAAGCCAGUUCCAUGGAAGAAAGACCCCAAGCUUUUUGACGCCUGGAAAGGUUGGUGUUGUGUGAAAUCUCUUUGUUUUUAAAAUGACCCAUUAUAGGAUGGGAAGGUAGGAGAAUCCCACUACGUGAUCCUGAAAGUAAAAUGACCCACAUUUUGAGUCCUCCGAAGUGGUGCAGAUCUCAACGUGAUGGUGCCUAUAUGCAUAACUGAAACUAUAUUCCCUGUGAUCAGUACUUCUCUUCCAUAAGAUUUAAAGGGAGACUCUGGGCACCAACACAACUUGAAUGUAUUUGAUAGAUUUUGACUUUAUUAAUAUGCUGUAUUUUUUUUCAUAAAACAAAUAAAUGUUUUGCAGAAUGCUGCACCAUAAGCCUGCCUCCUCAGCCACACCCCCUUGUGCCAGAAAGACUUCCUUAUCGAACGUAUGUACACAGUCUCAGCCCCAACAGUACUGAGUGACUGGUUUUUAAUUCACAACUAGGCUGCAGACAGUCACAGAAACUACAAACAAAUAUCCUUCCUAUAUUUCUCCCUGGGUGUCCUCUCUUUCUAACUGGUAGUGACUGAAUACAUACAUUGAUAGGAAAGUCUUUUUCUGGAGUGAGGAGGUGUGGCUAAAAAAGAAGGCUCAUCAUGCUGCAUUCUGCAAAACCUUUAUUUAUUUUGUGCAAAAAUACUAAAGAUUUGAGCAUGCAAAAAAAUACAGCAUGAUAACGAGGCCAAAAUCUGUCAAAUGCAGUGAAUAUAGUAUUGGUACCUGCAGUGUCCCUUUAAGUUCCCCUGCUGUGUAUUCACCUCAAACGAUUUGUGAUCAUUGAAAAUCAGUCUACCAUGACCUUUUACUAGAAUAAAAAAUAAAUAAAAAUGAAAUAAAAUUGUUUACAUUAUUUGUUAAAGUUGUCGGUCAUUCCUCCUAUUCUACCCAUGGAAACAUCCCUCUAAAAUGAAAAAAAUAAAAAAUAAAAUUCAAAAUUUUGAAGAAAAAAAAAAAGGGGCCAACCUGACUUUAUUCUUGUACUUAUUUCCAAAAACCAUUCCCACGGAUUGAAACAUUUAUUUACAGUCUUGUUUUAAAAUAUGAAUUCCUGCCCUUUUCUAAGUGUUGGGAUUAUAUUCUAGACAUCGUAGGUUGAUUUUAAGUGUGCGUUUUGGUAUUUUAUGACAAUCUGCUGCUUUCUUUCUGUAGAAGGACGUACGGGGGUACCUUUUGUUGAUGCUAAUAUGCGUGAACUGGCAGUGACUGGAUUUAUGUCCAACAGGGGGCGACAGAACGUGGCUAGUUUCCUGACAAAAGACCUUGGAAUUGAUUGGAGAAUGGGAGCAGAGUGGUUUGAGUAUCUCCUGGUAAGAGGUGGUCUCAUACGGUCAUGUGAUAAAAUUAUUUAUUUAUAUAUAAUAUAGGGCUCACAAAUCCCUCUGUCAAACUGCACAUACCUCAUUCUGCAUGGAGGGAGUAACAGACAAGAAUAUAACACUUGACAUUGUUUGGAAGCAACCCUUGGCGUGGGAUUAUGGGAUGGAUAGACUCUAAGGCAUGAUUUGUAAAGAAUUUGGCUCACUUUUGUUAUAAAUGCCUAAUACAGGCAGCAGGCGUGAUGUACUUUAUACUCUGUUUUGUUCCCUCUUCUUUUCAACCUUUGCUGAAUCACUUCUCUGUAUCACAAGGAAGAGAAACUUACAUUUAUCAGAAUUUAUACCUCAACAGAGUUUAUUAAGCCGAAAAGUGAAAUUUUGGUGAACUUAAAACCAGACUGCAAAAACUAAACUAAAAUAGCCAAGUUGCAAAAAAGAAGCUGCGUUUAAAAAAAGUUUACACUUUUUGUUUAUAUUUUGCUGGUCCCUUUUUAGUCGACCACAACUUUGUCCAUACUUUGUAUGCAUCAGGUCCAACUGAAUAAUUAGAUAUAAUAAUAAUAAAAAUAACUUUUUCCAUGAAGCCCCAACUGACCCUGUCGAAGGCCUUUUCUGCAUCUAGCGACAGGAUCAGGAGGAGCUCCUUUCCCUGGUCAGCCAUGUCAAUAGAAUCAAUCAACCUUCUUAUGUUGUUACUAGCCAUUCUAUCUGGUACGAAACCAAUUUGAUCAGGAUGUAUAAGGUUUACUAAGACCAUUUCGAUUCUUGCUGCAAUAAUAGAGGCAUAAAGUUUGACAUCGAUGUUAAUAAGCGAAAUGUGACGGUAACUUUUCCCGUCCGAUGGCUCUUUGUCUGUCUUUAGUAUAGGUAAUAUAUUGGCCCUAGCAUUUCUUGGGGGAACUUUCCCUCCUUAACUGCAUUAUUAAAUGUUUUAGUUAGGUUCUCUGAUAUUAUAUUUUUCAUUGCUUUAUAAAAACUAUUACUGAAUCCAUCCGGCCCGGAGUUUUAAAAGGAACUAGAUUGUCUAUAGCCUUUUCUACAUCUCUAGUAAUUUCUUUAUUAAUUAUGGCAAAUUGUUCUCUAGAAAUCUUUGGCAGAUUUAGCUUUGAGACAAAUUCGACAGUUUCCCUUCCUCUAUUAGUCUCUGGCAAAUCAUAUACAUUUUUAUAAAACUCAUUAAAGGCCUCAACUAUUCCCCCCGGAGAGAUGUACACUUCGUCACCUUGCACUAUUUUCCCAAUUAUAUUAUUUGACUCUUUUUUUUUUUUUUUUUUUUAACUGGUUGGUUAAUAUCCGAUCUGCUCUAGUAUUUCUUUUUUUAAAUCUUUAAUUUUUUUUAAAUUAUUUUUUUUCCGCGUGGAAAGAUAACAAACAUGUGUGGAAAGAUGGCCACAACAGCCUCUACACGUCAAUCAGAAUCGGUGCAUGUUAAGUACAAGGCAUUGCUGGGUUCUGUUCGCACACAUUUUGUAGUUAAAAUAGGUCGCAUUGUUAUAGUGAGGUAUUUAAAUCGUAUAACUGUGGGGGUGUAAGACUUCCGUCUGCCUAAGACACCCUUUGCUCCGUGAGGUCAUGGGUGAAGGGGAGAGGGCAGUUUCGGCUAAGUCUGAUGGCUAUGUCUAAUUCACGGUCAUGUGUCUCAAAGUUAUGGGUGUUUGGUGUGUCUCUUGGCCCUUCUGCAUGUGGACAGGGAGUGGUUUGUGGUGAUUGUGGGAUCCCUCUGUGUGUUCCCCUUCUAGGACUAGGUCCACUCCCUUGUUUGUUCCUGACUGUAGGUAUUGAUUUGCACCAGUGUGUGUUGUGCUCUAGGCGUCAUAAGGUGUAUAUUUAUCCUAGUGGUGGCUGCGCGUGGUUGCUGGUCAAUGUAGCAACUAUGGAUUUUGAGUCUAGGUGUAUAUAAGUCGCUGUGCUGUGACAGGAUCAAGCUGUGCCCGUGGGGCGUUAGGCUAGGGGUGUUAGACAUGGCGGUGAGCUUGGUACAAGUUACUAGGUCGCCCUUGAUGUCAGUUCCCUUUAACCCCAGGGAGGGGGGAGGUGUCGUUGGAGCAGGUGUGAUUGGCUCUAGUGGGCCUUUUUUCACACUGUAAUAACUGUUAGAGUGAGAGAGAACUAUAUGUAACAUAAACUAUAGAAAAUAGGAAGCAGAAAGGAUGCACUCUUGUAGGGAUUAACCCUUAAUGGACUACAGCAGUAGUAAAGGCAAGGAGAAAGAAAAAGUGAGUGCCCUCAAGUUAAACUGUAACUUUUAAUACUAAAUAAAGUUUAAAACCAGAUUGAUACGAUGUAUCCAAAAUGAUCAACAAAAAUACAGUGUUAUCAAAUAUAUGCUUAAACUAAUAAUAAAUGGAUCAUAAAGAUAAAAUACUAAAAGAACAAUUAAUUUCCUAUGAAUAAAUAACGAUAAAUUGAUAAAGGAGAUCCUGUUCUAAAGUUUUCAGGACAAAUCUCCAAAUGAUAUGCAAAAAACCAAACAGGUUUUUUGUGCAUUCAAGUGUGUGCAUCAAUUAAGUUGAAAUAAAAGGAAAGAAAAAGUCCAUAAAGUAGGAAUUGCUACAUAGAGUGGUGUAACAAAAAAGGGUUCUAAAGGUCUUAAGUAAUAAAUAGACCUAGAUACAUUAGUAGCUUUUACACGGAAAUCAUGAUGUCUGCAUAAUGACUUAACCACAUAGAACCCCAUUCAUAGUGCUAGUUGGAUCCAAAAGACGCACUAGAAAGAGUAUAGUGAUAUAAGAAAAAGAAAAAUUAUUCUUCACUAUAUAAAUAACUCCUGCAGUGGGAAUAGGGAUCACUGCCUGAAUAGAUCAAAGACGUGUGCUCAGUAGGCCCCCCACUAUAUAGCUGGAGUAGGACUAAAUAUCGAUGUGUAAGAUAUAAAGUAUAGUAGCCGUCUAAACAGACGCCAAUUCUGUUGUAAAUAAAGAUAUAUCGAUAGAGCCCUUUCCCCUGACGCGCGCGAUACAUUCAACAUAUGCACAGAGAAGUGGAAAUUCUGCAAGACACCCAGGAGCCAAUACAAGAUGAUUGCGGAGAAGAUCCAGAAGGUUAUAAUCUGCAAAUGAAAUCUCGUUGCCUACAAGAAAGCCUUUUCCAUUAUUAUUCUGACUCAAGAAACUUUCAAAGUGCUUUAAAUCAGCAGAUAAAUUCUUAAUGUAGUCAUCCUUUCCUUCUUCAUAAUUCUUAUAAAUUAGCUGCAAAUAUUUUAUCCUGAGAUCUUCUACCCCAUCAUUCAUCAUAUCUAUACAGGAUUGAUCAUUAGGCUCCUUCCCAUAUAAACCAUGCUUCCUUGCAAGAUGGCGCAGAAUAGCAUUAGACUGAUACAAGGUGAGAUCACCAUCUUUAAAUCCUGGAAGUUGCCCAAACACCGCUUUAGCUUUCAGAUCUCCUUGCAGCCAGGUGUCAAACGUUACAAUUUCUUCCUUCCAUUCCAAACCUUGGUCAGCUAGAAGUAUUCGUGCUGCUUCACAACGACCUCUGACAUUGAAGUAUAUAAUUGUGUAUUCUGGCAUUGUUCUCUCUGGUGCGACACUCCUUAUAUGACACAAAAAGUCACCCCAGGACAUACUUAAAGGAACACUAUAGUCACCUAAAUUACUUUAGCUAAAUAAAGCAGUUUUAGUGUAUAGAUCAUUCCCCUGCAAUUUCACUGCUCAAUUCACUGUCAUUUAGGAGUUAAAUCCCUUUGUUUCUGCUUAUGCAGCCCUAGCCACACCUCCCCUGGCUAUGAUUGACAGAGCCUGCAUGAAAAAAAAACUGGUUUCACUUUCAAACAGAUGUAAUUUACCUUAAAUAAUAGUAUCUCAAUCUCUAAAUUGAACUUUAAUCACAUACAGGAGGCUCUUGCAGGGUCUAGCAAGCUAUUAACAUAGCAGGAGAUAAGAAAAUCUUAAUUAAACAGAACUUGCAAUAAAGAAAGCCUAAAUAGGGCUCUCUUUACAGGAAGUGUUUAUGGAAGGCCGUGCAAGUCACAUGCAGGGAGGUGUGACUAGGGUUCAUAAACAAAGGGAUUUAACUCCUAAAUGGCAGAGGAUUGAGCAGUGAGGCUGCAGGGGCAUGUUCUAUACACCAAAACUGCUUCGUUAAGCUAAAGUUGUUCAGGUGACUAUAGUGUCCCUUUAAGGUUAUCUUUGUUUUUUGGUUGCACACCUAAUACAUCACGUUUUGUAAUUUACUCCUCAAAGUGACCAUUCCACGCUCUGUUUGCUUCGCACCAAUCCUGUCUUGAUACUGUAUAUCGUCCUUGUUCCCUAGCAGCCAGGACAAUACAUGAAGCCAGAUUUGUUCUUUGUUCACAGGUCGAUUAUGACGUUUGCAGUAAUUAUGGAAAUUGGUUAUACAGUGCUGGAAUCGGCAAUGAUCCCCGGGAGAAUAGGAAGUUCAAUAUGAUUAAACAAGGACUGGAUUAUGACGUCAAUGUGAGUAUGUGACCUAAGGGUACAUUCACUAAACAGAGACUAUGCGGAGAGGAGUAUCAGCUUUUAGAUUGUAAGCUUGUUUGGACAAGGCCAUCUUCACCCACUGCUUCAUGUCAAACAUGUUAUGUUAGAAUGAAUUGUUUAACUGUUGUACAUUGCUGCGGGAUAUUUUGAUGCUGUAUAAAUAAAAGUAAUUUCUGAGAUAUGACUAAGAGAACUGCACAUUUUAAAUCAAAUGAUCCCAGACAUCCAAGCUAUCCAUUCGGAAAGUUUUACCUAAAUAUUUAAACACUGCUGUCAAAGCCCUAUUUGGUGAAUAACCGACUAAGUGUCACAGACUGCGUUUUUGGUUUUUUUUGCAUGUGAAUAUUGCUCUAAUUGUAAAAGGGUACAACGUUAGGACAUAAUUUCCUGCAUAUGUAAUAUUGCACGUCCUGCGGGGAAGUGGAGGAGGGUCUAUGCCGCCUGCCCUUUGCCUAAAACCCAUUACCUGCAGACUGACACUUGGGCACAUUGAGCCUCACAAACAUUGGCUGAAAACAACAUUUAAUGUUUCUCUGACACCCCAGUAUGUAAAGAAUUUGCAGUAAUGUUAACUGAACUAAAUAUGCAUUAAAAUGCCCCCUUUGUAUUUUGUGUAGUUUUUGCUGGUUAAAUGUGUCUAAACGUAUGCCCUAUGCGGUUCCCUUUAACCCCUUAAGGACACAUGACCUGUGUGACAUGUCAUGACUCCCUUUUAUUCCAGAAGUUUGGUCCUUAAGGGGUUAAUAUAUUAAAAUCCAAAUACCAUUUUUUUUUUUUUUUUUUUAAAUCUUCAGACUAUACCAGUCAUAUCCUGGUAUGAUCGGUACACAGAGUAUUAUCGAUCCAGGUCUUCUUAAAACCUGCUUGAUCCAGAAAGACAGUUAUAACACUGAUCUUGUGUCGCUCUGCGCUGUCAUUUUCUUACUCAACUGUGACAAUCCUGGUUUCUCCUUUUAUAACUUCCCUCUGUAAUAAACCCACGCUCCAGUUCAGGAAAUUGUGAAGCUACAGCUUUGAAUGGUGAUAAUUAUUUACAUUUUAAUAUUCAGUACAAUCAUUUUGUUUUUGAGAAUGGUCGGUAAUGUUUAGAACGAAUGGUUAAUAAUCUGUAUAUAUUCACUUGUUUCAUUUAUAGGGUGAUUAUAUCCGACUCUGGGUUCCAGAACUGCAGAACAUCCAGGGGGGAGACGUUCACGCUCCCUGGGCAUUAAGUAACUCCGCACUUGCACACGCUGGAAUUACGCUUGGAGAGACCUACCCAUUGCCAAUAGUAAAAGCUCCAGAGUGGAGUAGGCACAUCAAUCAGAAACCAGUAAGACAUGCUCCUAUCUCAUUAAUUGGUAUCAUUAUUUGCAGCUUCAAUACAAAAGGAGAACGUUUCAGAAUAUAAAAAGUACAUUUAUAUAUUGUCCAUAUAUGUGUUAAAGGGACACUAUAGGCACUAAAAUCAUUUUAGCUUACUGAAGUGGUUUUGGUGUAUAGAUGAAU